AUGGCGGAUGGAAGAUUGUUAUGGUUUGUUACUGUUUUUAUCCGUUUCUGUUGGGUUUGCAUCCCGCAAAGGGGCUAUAUUUACCCUGAUGAGUUCUUUCAAGCUACAGAAAUUACCGCUGGAGAUGUUAUGGGAUUUAAACACACGAGAACGUGGGAGUGGCUCGAAAAUUUUCCCGUGCGUUCUCCAGUCUUUCCCUAUAUCUUCACGAGCAUCCCCUUUUACUUCGUAAAGAUGGUUGUAGCUGCCGGAAAUAUCACCUCAAGAACUCUUAUUGUAGCUCCAAGACUUUUUAUGACGGUCGCAUCUCUUUUCAUCGAUUACACAGUUUAUAAAAUUUGUCAACAUCUCAGUAUGGACCCAACUCCUUCACUUUGCCUGUUUGGCACGUCUUUCGUGACGCUGGUAUUCUAUACGCGGACAUUUUCUAACAGCGCGGAAGCUGUCGUAUUUGCAGCCUUGCUGCUGCUGGUUAUUUCUUCUGUUUCAAACAGGAACAUUUUCCGAUCAGGAAGGGACUGGCUGCGGACAUUGUUGAUGGGGUUGCUUCUGACUGUAGGAUUUUGGAUCCGUCCAACAUUUUUGGCCUUUGCUUUUACACCCUUACUUUGGUGGGUGAUUGAUAUUUUCACCUUUAACUGGUCAAUUGAAGCAAAGACCUUUACUGUGGUAAAAGAUGUUUUAAAACAGUGCACUUUAGUUGGUCUUGGUAGUUUUCUGAUGCUGACUAUAUUGACCUUAGUUGAUUCUUUCUACUUUGGGUACUUACAGAAAAAAGAAAUUGUUCUUACUGCACUCAACUUUAUCUUAUACAACCUAGACACGGGUAGGGUAAAGGAUCAUGGUCUUCAUCCAAGGAUAACGCACUUUGCUGUAAACCUGCCAUUGUUGUUUGGACCUAUGGCAUUUGCUUUCUACAUGAUGAUUGCCCAUACUGUGCUUAAAAGGAAGUUUGCAGACUACCUUAAAGUUUUAUUAAGCAGAAGAAACACUACCAAGCGUAACAGCUUAGUUGAUGACUAUAAAACACUUUUUAUUUGGAGCUUGCUGCCAUGCAGUAUUGUCGUAUCUAUAGCGCUAUUGUCAUGGAUACCUCACCAAGAACCACGGUUUAUCACUCCAGUUCUCCUUCCAUUGGUCAUACUCUUUUCGUGGUGUUUGACAGCGUCUUCCUUUGCACCCCUGAUAAUGCUUUCUUGGAUUAUCUGGAAUACUAUUGGCUGUAUUAUGUUUGGAAUACUGCAUCAAGGGGGUGUUUAUCCAUGCCUGGCACAUCUUCAACAUUAUCUUCAUAAUGCCAGGAGUUGGCAAAACUCUUCUGCAGCAUAUCAAGUGACUUUUUAUCACACUUACAUGCCUCCUCAGCAUCUUUUAGCCUGGCCAAUGUCUCGUGAACAUGAAGGGGACUCACUUCACAGCCUAGCGGUUCUUGAUUUAAAAGGAAGCUCAAAGGAUACUCUGGUGAAACAUUUGGAAAAGCUUAUCCAUGAGGAGGCUAAAAUGCAUGGAAAAAAAUUUGAGGUAAGAUAGUCUCUCAUAGGAGACUAAAAGUAAUGAUUGGGGGUGAAUACAGAAGUGAUUGUGACUGUGAUUUUUCAAUCAAAUGUUUUCUUUUUAUGUAUUGGUUUCAGUUUAGAGAGGGACUUAAACCUGGGUAUCACCAUUGUGGAUCCGUUGCACUCAAAGGUUGGCACAUAUUAUGCAACAAGUUGCAUAAACACAUCCCAGCAACAAAUCACUUUUUGUGCUGUAGAAUUUUUGCAAGAAUUUUGUAGCCCUGACAAGUCGCAUAAAAUCAAAUCAGUUUCAAUUUGUGAAUCUUGUUGCAACAUGUUACCAUUAUGAUGCAUUAGUGCGACGUGUCACCCAGUGUGUGCUGACCAUAACAGUCAUCCCCACUACAUCUCCAGCAUCACUGGGCAAUUCCAGAAAAUAACCAUACUAUACCACGGACCGCUUUUCAAAUUCCAAGGGCAAUGGGGGGCUCUUUGAACUGGAAAUCGAAAGGCAUGGGGGGAUACAUUGUACUUAUGAUUGGAAUUCCAAAGUCAUGGGGGGUUUUAGGUCUGGAAUUUCCACAGGAGACAGACAAGAGUGUAUUCCUUGAAUAUGCUUAAUAUGUUAUUUACUUAAUCAGUUCACAAAAAAGCAUGAACUGGCAACACAAGAUACAUUAGCAACGUCCGUCAAUCAGGCAUGUUUUGAAUUCAUGUUUAUUUGUAGAAGAAAUCGGAGAAACUGACAAAAUGUGGGUUGAACGUCAUGCUCCAGAGGCCUUCAUGCCACACAACAUCAUUUUAGGGACUUAAAGCAGCCACUGGAGGCAGUUUAGAAGAGGCCAGAAGUGGCCACGAAAGAAUGGGUUGAGGCUGCCACCAUUUGUCACAAAUUUAGAAAGUUAAGCUGCAUAGCAGAUGCAGGUGCCAAAUUGUUUUGGUUUGUUUUUGUUUUUGUAGCUCAGUUUGACUUUAUAGAUGUUUGUCUCAGUUUUAACAAAACUUAAUGGCAACCUUUCAAGAAAUCAGGGACCUCUUAGCUGUGGCAGCUUCAAAGGUAUCAUAGAUGAGGUCAAGAUUGAAUUUCUUUUACUCUACGAUUUGAAGACCUCCAAAAAUCUUGAUUAAUGAUUUCGAACCUUACAAUGAUUACAGACGAUGUAUGUCCGAGUCGAUUUUUUCGAGAUGGAUGCUCUAAAGAGUCACAAAUAACAUUAUCACAAUAUAUUUCUACACAAAAGAGUCAUUUACCUUAAGUCGGUUUCGAUUCAAGGAAAACGUGAAAUUUCACUCACCCACUUUGUUUACUUGUCUCUUGAUCUCCCGCUUCAGUUGCCACUACGUUUUAACUUAUACAGCUGUUUACAAUUGUAGAAUAAAAAUUAGUCAAAUAUUUGCCAUUGAAAUGCAAAAGCGAUGGCUAAUAAACACUUGUUUGGCUAAAUGAGGAAAAUUCUUCGCAUUUAAAAUAGCAAAACUUGAAGGAUAAGCUGCCAUCUGUCAAGGCAAUCAAACCAUCCUUUUUUGCCCGAUGCUAACUGAGGUCGAUGCAGGCUGAACAUCAAGCAAAUAUGCUAAUUAGCUCAAAGAUGUGAAAUUUUCCUUCUGGUUGGCCUCCUCUGUGCCGCCUCAAGUUGUUGCUUAAGGUCUCUUUAUCUCUCAUCAAAGCGGCUUCAUAAAUUAUUUCGUGCAUUCAGUGUGAAACAUGGUCUUUUCACCAAGGAUGCCAUUUUAUCUUUUGAAGCUUGAGUGACUGGGAGCAGGUGCUGACCCCAAGGCUCAUAUUCAUGAUAGCUAAAUGAAAAAGCUCUUGAUCGUGUUUUGAUCGUACUAUCUUCCAAGUGUACACACGUUCAUGGCAAGAUAUUCUUAUUUUUAUCUUUUGUACCAGUUUGGGGUAAUGUAAAGUUUAUAUACCUGUUGAACAGCUUUAACAAAGAAACUUUAUUAUUAUUAUUAUUGUUAUUUGAUUCCAGAAUUUCUGGAGUUAUAAUGACCUGCAAAAAGACUCCGCUGUAAUCAACUCCACUGAACAGAAGUAGAGUCAUUUGAAAUAAUUUGGCAUCAAAUCAGAGCCAAACUGGGCAUAUUUGUGAACCCUGUUGGUUAUUCAGAAGGAUUUGAAGAAAAAUGGGAAAUUCGAAUGGAAGGAAGUUGACAAUUUUGGAAUUCCAAGGGCAUGAAGGGAAACGCAUUUUGAAAUUUGAAGACCACGGGGUAGAGAUAAAAUAUGGAAGCCGUCCAUGAUAUGGCGUAGAUAUUUCCUGGAAUUCCCCAUUCCCAGUGUCUCACUUUUUUCCAUAGACUGUGUUGGAAUAAAAAUGCUGUAUCUCUACACAUCAUCAGCAUAACUAAAUGUAAUAGCUACAUGUAUAACAAACAGUUGUCAGCAAGGUGCGAACAAGGAUUCAAUUAUUCCUUGCACUUUUUUAACUGUUUUGUUUUGUUUGUUUGUUUGUCUUUUCUUACCAUCAACUCUGUGUCGUCUGCCCUUUAAUGCAGUUUAACUAUCCAACAGGGUCAGGAGGGGUAUUUUUGGGAUCUGGGAUUUGGCCAAAAUACAGUGUGGGAAAUUUCUUGACAGGUUAUGGGAAUUGAUAAAAAAUGUCAGCAAGUCCACAGCAACAAACCAAUGAGUGGUGCCGGAUCUCCCAGUUGUAGACCUGGAUCAGUACAAUUAAACUUGUAGAAAAAUAUGACAUGGCAAAUUGAUCCUUACUGCAAGGCAAUGAAGAAGUAAACAAAAGAAUAAAACCAAAAAAAUGUAUAUUUCAAAAAGGGAAUUGGGAAUUGAGAAUUAAACAAUGGGAAUUGACCAGUAUUUGGCAGGUGGGAUUCUCCAAAAUUCGCUGUCAAUGCGAAAUCUUAGCAUGGGAUGCGGUAUUGGGGAAGAAAAUGGAAUGGGGUAGAUAUGACAGACCUUUGUUGUGAAAAAAGGAGAAUGAGAAUCAGGAGGACAACCCUGCCCCCCCCUUUCCAGACACUCCCCAAAAUAUGCACCUCAUCAUCAUCAUCAUCAUCAUCAUCAUCACUUUUGUUUAUACACGGUAAAAACAAUCAGGCUAAAUAUACAAUAUACAAUAUCCUAAAAAUGUUUACAAACUAUAGAAUUAAAGGUAAUAGCAUUUACAAAGAUGAAUGUUGAAAUAAAUAAAUACAUGUAAAUAAGAUUAAUUUAUAAAAUUAAAGCCUGUUGUCUAUGAAUGCCGUGUUCGAGCUAGAAGUUAACAGUUUCCGAAAGCCUGUGAAAGAUUUUGCUUGUCUUUCAUCAGUGGGCAAAUUGUUCCACAGAACAGCCCCGCUGUAACAGAAACUAUUUCUAUAGUAAUUGGUUCGUGGCAAGGGAACAGCAAGCUUGUUUUCAGAAUCUCUAAGGUUGUAAGAAUUAUAACGUCUUUUUUAAAUCUGAUGCAUCCAAACCGCAUCCCUACACAUUAUCAACAGGUCAUCUUUUUUCUCGCAUUUUCUUGACUGACUUUUUUUUAUGUCUUUACCAACAGAUCUUUGUUAUCUGCCCUUCAACAGUCAAGUUUAACCAUCCAAACUUUAAAUUGUUAAAACAGUUUUACCCCCACUUGAGCAUGGAGGACCCCCCUGACUUGAUGCCUCUUUUCAAAUCAGACCCUGAAGAAACUUGGACUUGUAUGAGAGGUAAUCAGGGGGGAGAUUACUUGGAUCCAACAUUAAAUACUGAGCACUGUGCAAGGAGAGUCAAAGAGACCUUGAAAAAUGAAUGGAGAGUUCCUGGUUGGAGGGAUUUUACUAACUGGAUUUAUUCAGAGCUUUCUCUUAAUUUGUAUCAGUAUGUACAGAACAACAGUUACUCAUAA